UCGUUAACGCAGUUCUAAUAGCUUCAUCAGUUGCGCUGUUUGAUUUGUUCUACGAAGUGUCUGCAUACGAGAGAAAGAGAGAGAAGAAAGCGAGCACAGUAAAGCUAUGGCGGAGGAAGAGAAGAUCCCCCUUCUGAAACCCUACAAAAUGGGCAAAUUUCAUCUCUCUCACAGAAUAGUAUUGGCACCACUAACAAGGUCAAGAUCCUAUGGGAAUGUCCCACAACCUCAUGCCAUCCUCUAUUACUCUCAGAGGACAACAAAGGGAGGGCUUUUAAUAGCUGAAGCUACAGGCGUUUCUGAUACUGCUCAAGGUUACCCAAACACUCCAGGAAUAUGGACCAAAGAACAGGUAGAGGCCUGGAAACCUAUUGUUAAGGCAGUGCAUGACAAGGGCGGCAUCUUCUUUUGCCAAAUAAGCCAUGCUGGAAGAGUCUCCAAUUAUGAUUACCAACCAAAUGGACAAGCACCUAUAUCGAGUACUCAUAAGAUGAUCCCUCCCCAGAAACAACUUGACGACACCAUGAUAGAGUUCUCUCCACCACGAUGCAUGACGAUUGAAGAGAUCCCUCUAAUUAUUAAUGAUUUCAAACUUGCGGCAAGAAAUGCGAUCGAGGCUGGCUUUGAUGGGGUUGAGAUCCAUGGUGCACAUGGUUACAUAUUAGAACAAUUUAUGAAGGAUAGUGCAAAUGAUAGGACUGAUGAAUAUGGUGGAAGCUUGGAAAACCGUUGUAGAUUCGCCCUCGAAAUUGUCAAUGCAGUCAUUGACGAGAUCGGCGCCGAACGUGUGGGCAUUCGACUCUCUCCUUUUGCUGAUUACAAUGAAUGUUGGGACUCAAAUCCAGAGGAAUUAGGGCUUUACAUGGUGCAAUCACUGAACAAGUAUGGCAUUCUAUAUUGCCACAUGAUUGAGGGAAGAAUGUUAAUUGUUGAUGAUAGAAGGCAGAUUCCUCUCCACUUGCUUCCUAUGAGAAAGGCUUUCAAUGGUACUUUUAUUGUUGCAAGAGGAUUUGAUAGAGAUGAAGGUAAUAAGGCGGUGGCUGAGGGUUAUACUGAUUUAGUUGCAUAUGGGCGGUUGUUCUUAGCUAAUCCAGAUUUGCCAAGAAGAUUUGAGCUGAAUUCUCCUCUCAAUAAAUACAACAAAUUCACCCUCUACAGUGCAGAUCCAAUUGUUGGCUAUACGGAUUAUCCUUUUCUUGAGGACUAAAAAUAUUCUCAAUAUUUGAAUAAAAGAGUACAUCUAAUGUGAGCAUUUAA